AUGUGGGCAGCGGGCGACCGGUACCUCGAAGACGCGAAGGUCAUUCUAGACAGCACGUAUGCCGCCUCGAGACCGAGCACGUGCCAGGCGCUGCUCCUCAUGGGCUAUCGCGAGGUUGGUAUCGGCGCGAUGGCGCAGGCGUGGCUCUACGUCGGCAUGGCUGUGCGCAUGGCGCAGGAUCUGGGUUUGCACAAAACUGCUGACCAAUGGAGCUGCGUCGGCCGCGUGCUGUUCACACCGGGCGAACUGCAGGAGCGGCGGCGGGUCUGGUACGGCUGUGUCGUCAUGGACAAGUACAUGUCCGCAUACAUCGGGCGCCCCGUGGCUAUUUUUGAGCGCGACUUCGACACGGAGCUGCCAAGCACGGAAGAGCCCGAUGAACUGGAGACAUGGCGCCCUCAUCCGUCCGCCCCAGUGGUGGACGACAGCGAAGAGCCCAGUUUCCCCGAGAUGACGCCCAUGCCCGGCCGGAUCCUCUCCUGCUUCAGCGAGUCUGCGAAACUCUGUGGGCAGUCGGAGUUUUCUCGGUUUGAGAAGUUGCUGUCGAAGUGGUACCUUGACCUGCCCGACUACCUCCGCCAUGACCCUGCUGCGUCCAAGAAUGCAGCGCCCCUGCCCCACAUCCUGACACUGCAUAUGCAAUAUUGGUGCACUGUGCUCCUGUUGCACAGGCCAUUCAUUCGCCACAUUUCCACGGAUGGCUCCAACCGGCCAACCUCGUCUUCUUCGAAGGACUCCGAAGCCCGCGCGAGCUCCAGGAAAAAUUACGACAUCUGCGUUCAGGCUGCUAAUCAGAUUACUUCUAUCGUUUCCCUGUACGCGGAGACUCACUCGCUGAGGCGCGCACCGGUAUAUCUGUGCUACUACGUGUUCACGGCUGCUAUCAUGCAUGUCGCCACUCUCAUGAUAUAUCCUGAUGACACGACCGCGAGGGUCGGCCUCAACAAGACGAUGGACGUGCUGAAGCGCAUGUCCGUCGUAUGGGGCAGUGCGUGGCGUGCGCUGGAGCUGCUCCAGGGCUCGAAGGUAAACUUGCACAACGCCCCGGACCCGGAAAUAUUGCGUGCGCGCGUCCCUGACAGGCCGAAGCGGUCUGCGGAACAGCCUCUUGAUCAAGAAGAAGACGAUAGCACGCGUCUGAUGACUAGCGAACAGAUGUAUCGACAGCAGCAGGCGUUCGCCGGUGUCGGCACUCCAAGCCCUGUUCAUCCUAACUUCAGCAUCAGCAGCCUCCAAAUUCCCCCGGCGGAGUCAUCAACAUACCAUUCGUACGACAGAUGGUCAUCUGACAACACGUUGCCGACGUACGCUGGCAGCUUGUCGACGUCUGUGUUGCCGCAACAAUACAGUACGGGCCUUGUAGACGAGCGGAUAUCCUCGGGGAUGACACGUCACCCUGAGAGACAAGGUCAACGGUACGCGCAAUAUUGGAAUGAUUAUUCGGCACUGGGGCAAAUGGACGCGCCCUAUGGCGUGCCUGUGAUCAGUGACAUGGUGGCACAACACGCCGGAAACUCACAAAGUGACCAGUCGGCCAUGUAUGUGCAGGACUACACCAUGUUUGGGCUAAACAUUCCUCCGCAGGCAAUUUGCCUCCGUCUAGCCACCAAUGAUGACGGCUUGAGGACCUGGCGUAUGUAUGUAUGGCGCUCUCUGAGUCCUAAUCUCGAUUUCCCCGCAUUCGACUGUAUGUCUGAUUCUAUUUUAUCCGGGCUAUGGCGAUACCUUGCCGGGUCCAUGGUCACGACCGUUGAUCCCGAUUUCUUCACCGACCCGGGUUGUGCACAAAUAUUCUCUGGUUUGCCUAACAAUAUAGAAUCGGCUGAAAUGUUCGGAAAAGUUACCAGUGUGGGGAACGGGGCUCUGCGCAACAAAUCGCGUUUCAGCAUCAUUUCGAAAUUAGCAUUUAGCAAUUCAGUACUCGGGCUGGUUGCAGCAGCUGGAUACUUCGGGCCGCACUCCUUCGGUAAUGUCGCCUCUGAACGACUCGUGCCACACCUACACAUCUUGGAUUGGAGUACGAAGACACAUUGGAAGGCUUUUAUUGAAACUUCAACGCUUAUGCGGAGCUAUAACGGUUGA